GGAGGCCUCCAUUAACUUUGAUUGCCCAAUGGACUCCUUCCUCCCAUUGGAUUGCACAGAUUUCAACCUAUACACCCAACUCACUAUGUGAAUUCCUUUUGCUUCUUUUCCUCUCCAUCCUUCCUUCUCUCUCCCCACAUCUUUCCUGUUUGUUAUUCCCCUUUCCACUCUCUUUUUCUUUCUGAGGCCUUUGGACUGGGUAGAAGAAUUGUAGAGCUUUUUGGUGGUGCUUUGUACAAGCAGGGCUGUGCUUGCUCUUACUAUGUUCUGAGUCUUUGAUGAAUCCUUGAUAUUGGUUUUUGGAGGAUUGCAAGAAGAUGUUGAUUGUUGCAUAAAUUCUCACAUAAAAACCGGUUUUUUAUAAAUUUGUUUUUUUCCUCUUUGGUGUCUAUUCUGUGUUGAUUCCUAUUGGGUUCCAAAGGGGAAGAUAAAAGGGAGUGAUACAAAUGGGAAAGCAAGGACCUUGCUGCCAUUGUGGAGUUACCAGUACCCCUCUCUGGCGAAAUGGGCCACCUGAAAAGCCAGUUUUAUGCAAUGCAUGUGGUUCCAGGUGGCGAACCAAGGGUUCACUGAUGAACUAUAUACCACUGCAUGCUCGGGAGUCUUUUAAUUCAGAUGAGUUAGAAGUUCCAAAAAUCAAAAGAAUAUCCUUCAAACCCAAAGAGCAGAAGUUGCAAAAGAAAAGGCACGGCAAUAGUGCCCUGGAACUUGAACGCGAAAUGAAGUAUUGUGACCAGAACUUUCACAAGAUUUUAGAGGCAGAUACAAGCAAUCGAUCCUGUUCUGAUUCUGCCAUAUCUGGUUCAGAAAGCUGCGUGUAUUUCGGCACCACUGAUGCAAAAAGUGAUUUAACAGUUUGUUUCUCAGGUUCAGCACAGUCAAAUGCAUGGGAUUCGCUAGUCCCAUCCAAAAAGAGAACAUUUAUAACACGGCUGAGGCCAAAACCUUCUCCUGUUGAAAAGCUCACAAGAGACCUGUAUUCCAUAUUGCAUGAAGAACAGGCUUCUAACCUGUCCAGAACCUCAGAAGAUGAUCUUCUUUAUGAAAGCGGAACUCCAUUUGGUUCUUCUGAGAUUGGUUAUGGAGGUUUGCUCAUUAAACAUCCUAAUGCAAGAUUAGUAGAAGAGGAAUCAGAAGCAAGCUCACUUCCCGUAGAUAGAUCAUACAUUAUCAGUGUAGGUUAUUCAGGUUCAACAUCAAUUCCUGUAAAUACCGAAAACAAAGGAUCGAGCAUUCUGAAUCCUGGUACCGACACAAAGAAGUCUACGGCACAAAUGACCCAAGAGAGUGCCAAAAGGGAUAAAAUCUCACAUCAAAAGUUAAAUAUCCUGCAAGAUAGAAAUUCUCCCCUGAGUUCGGCAGAUUUACAUGCUUUCAUUAACUUCGAGAGUUUCAUGAAAUAUCUUACAUGCGAGGAACAGCAACAGCUGAUGAAAUAUCUGCCAUCUAUAGACACUGCAAAAUCUCCCGAAAGCCUCAGAAGUAUGUUUACCAGUCCUCAAUUCUUAGAGACAUUAUCUUACUACCAGCAAAUGCAUCAAGAAGGAGUUUUUGAUCUCUCCAUGUCAGGAGCAAAUGCUGAAGAGUGCAGGACUUUAAAGAGGCUUGUAUUACUAAAUUAUACAAAUCAUAAGUGGUCAGAGUGCUAUCAGAAAAUAAAGGAUGCACCAUCGAACAAGAAGAAAGGAAAUGCAAAGCUGAACAGAAAAAAUCUUUCUGAUCUUUCCAAAUUGGCAUCCCUGAAAAGGCACCAUGAGAGGCAAAAUGAGAACUGUCCAGAGAAUAAAAGCACCAUGACAAGCCCUAAAAGAAUGUGCAGGUCUGAGAAGACGAAUCCUCCUUCAAGAUGUUCAACUCAGCUGGAACCUAGUGUCAUUUCCAGUGUAAAUGAUGACAUAGAGGACUUUGUAGACCAUGAAGGUUCUUGCUUCAGUUCCAGAAGAAAUUUUGCUUCUCCUCCUAAUAGGAGCUCCUUGCUAGCCCCAACACUCAGUUCUGAGAGUGACUUGCUUCUGGUUUUGCCGUCUGGUGGAUCAUUUCCUCAAGAAGAACUCUUGUACCAAUAAUGGAGACAGAAAGACAGAUCAAUUCAGCAACACAGAUGUUGUCCAAUUGCUUGUUGCACAUGGAGCAUCAGCUGAACUAGUGCCGUGAAUGGUGGGUGUCAUAGUCUUGCUCUUUCCCCCUCUGUCAACCUCUUUCGAAAACAUUUUCGGUCUACUUCAUCUUCUAGUAUGCUGAAAACUGACAAUUAGCUUUGAACUGGUUUGAGCUAAAUUGCUUCAUGUAUAUAGCCUUGCAAGACGGUUGUAAUACAACUGAGCAUAAAAAGAGGAGUCUGUAUAAACAGUGAAGGAAUGUGCAUUGCCGUCUUGUUGUUCUCUUCU